AUGGCGGUAGCAGUGGAUAACGCCGCUCGUGCCGAGUAUGACACUUGGAUCCGCAGCGACUGGACAUUUGGUGCCGACUCCACUAAGUUCAACAAUUUUUUCCGUAGCAGAAUAACUCUACACCAGGUCUUGUCGUGUAUCGAUGUCAGUGUUUCGAUGUAUCGCCAGUUGGGGGAGGAAGAGGAGGAUGAUGAUGAGGACGACGAUGAUGCGUCUAUGGCAUUAAUUAAGAAAUCAGCAGCCACACGCAUGCUACGUCUACAGCUUUUCAAUGGUAGAGACCAUCAAGUGGCGUAUGAGUAUGAGCCUAUUGCUUGCUUGGAUGUUUUUCACGCGAAUCGUCUGACUGGCAACCCUGUACGGUGCUGCGGUAAGAUUGCCUUAAUAAAUUCUCCCGUGGAGCGUCGAGGAGUGCUGUGGUUGACACGUCACAAUGUAAAAUUGGUGUUUGAGGGGUUCGAAUGCCGUAAGCACUGUGAAGUUGGGUCAUCCAGCCCCGUCAACCGUGCCGUGGACCGUGCCCCCACCCAGGCACUGCCAGCUACCAGUGUAAAUGUCCCACAGAGCGCAACAAACGAGCAACAGCAAGAUCGGAGUUCCAACGCUCACCGUGCGUGUAUAUCGUACUGUGCAGAUGAUUUUGAUGAAGUAUCGCAGAAGCGAGCUGCCGCAGGCAUUUUAGACUUCGAGUUACCUGUAAAGCGAUUCAACGCCCAUACCGUAGACGAACGGAUUUUGUCUCCAGUGGAACAAUACUUUCCAAGCGGUUCAAGUUAUGUUGAGUUUGCUUACACUUCAUAUCUUGUUCGCUCGAAUGCGGUGGCUGGCGACGCGUCGUACGAACAAUUCACGCACAAGUUUUUGCGCACCUACGGUUUCAUGGGAUGCUUUUCUAUCGCACAAGCGCUGUCGAGCAUAAACCGCUCGCCAGGAUUGCAAGAGCCGUCGGAUGAGUGGCUUUCUGACAACGCCCACUUCGGUUUCCUAGAUCACGCCGUUCCACUGGAUGUCAUUGAGCGCAGCGACAUUUCCGACGUCGCCAAUAAUGAGCUCCGUGAAGUCGGAUUUAAUCACACGAGUGGGUUGUGGCUGGUGAAUUUGAACGAUUGUUCCGCAUGUUUCUUCUGCUUGGUUUCUGUUGAAACGUUGGGAAUAACUUCGUCGACACCACUAGCCGUUUCUCGAUUGAUCAACGCGGUCAACGGCUUUUUUGAGAUAAAGCGUUUCAGAAGUGGUGCCUGCCAUUUGCACUGGAUAUCACAAUACAGAAGGAACUUAGACGAUGCAGAGUUCGCCAGGAGAACCCGUGCCAUUCAGGCAGAAUUUGAGCGUAUGGAAGCGCUUAUGGACUUUUAG